AUAAAUGAGUCGGUUUUCAGUAGAGACGCCACAAAGUAUACGUGGUAAAUCACCGGGCGCACACGAGCAAAGCUUCAGCAAAACGAUCAACGAUGAAAAGCAUUAUAUUAAUAGUUACCUUGGCUUGUACAAUAAAGAUUUCUUAUGAAUUCCCAUUCGAUGUAAAUAAAAGGAAUUUGGCUGCACUCGCUAAAAACGGACAGUUACCGAAUCAAAACGGAGAAGAAAAAAGAAUAAAGGAAGAGAAUAGAGAUGUUUAUAUUACCCAACAAGAUCAAAAUGUAAAGGGAAUAAAAGGCCAGUUUGGUUUUAUUCAAAAGAGACAGUCAAUAGAAGAACCUGAAAUUCGUGACGAAUUUAAGUCAGAUCUUAGAACUAUUUUAGACGAGUAUUUGGAAAAAUUUGGUACAACUUAUGACCCGGAAAAGGUUGAGUUGUUCCUGACCAAUAUGGCAGAUGAAGUUUUUGACAAUCAAGGUGUUGUUUCACUUGAUCAUAUUCGAUAUUUGAUUGAAACGGGUUAUUUUCAGCCGGAAAUGAGAGAAGAAGAUGACAUUAAGCCGAUUGAUUCUGAUUCAUCGGAUUAUAUUAGCAAACGUUUUCUUGCUUCGUUAGCUCGUACGAAUAACAUGCCCUCUUGGUUUGACGAUCAAUCGACUGUAAACAAACGAUAUAUUUCAUCGUUGCUCAGACAAGGUAAACUUCCUUUUGUUUUUCAACCAACUACGGCUUCUCCAAGAGGUGAUCAAUGGAUACAAAAUAUGCAAAAACCUAAAAGGAGCAACAGUGAAUCGUUUCAAAGUGCUGAGGAAUUUGUGCCUGUCAUGCAGGGUAGCAAAACGUUACAGACACUAAUCGAUGACUUCUUGAUGCGAGAACAAAAUAUGCAAAAGCGGUAUUUAGGGGCGCUGGCACGUAGCGGUUGGAUGCCCAGGCGAUUUACUACAUCGUUUCACCCUAACAGUAUAUACAACAAAAGACACUUGGCAGCUUUGGCCAAGUUGGGCUGGUAUAGAAAUACUCCAUCGUUUUAUGUGCGAAACGGUCGAGGUUCUUUUGAUUGUAGCAGAAACGACGAAAUAACAGACAGGAACAUCCAGAAUAUUAGGGGGUCAGAUGAGGAAACAAGGAUCAACUCGUCACCAACAGCAGCAGAGACGCAAGCCAACGGGAUAAAAACAAAGAAAUUUCUCCUCUUGCCAGCUGUGGAUAACAUUUUAUUACGUAGACAGUAUCCUCAUUUAGCAACCAAUAUUUAGAACAGUAAUUCAAGAAAUAUAAUUAAGAUUCGCCGAUAAAAACAGUCAUCAAUGACCAUAUUAACUUUUUUUUUUACAAUGAUUUUUUUUUUUUUGUAAAACUUGUAUAAUAUUAUUUGACACGUAAUGAAUAUAUCGGCGACGUCUAUAACUCAAGACAAUAAAUAAAAUAAUUUCUUUAAUUAUUACAAUAACUGAUGUACUACAAUUUAGCUUUUUUCGUGUUUUUAAUGUCAUUUAAUAGUUAUUUAACUAUAGACAUCUCGUGUAAGAGUUAAUA